AUGCACCCUCUAAACCCUUUUCUCCGUGCCUUCUUUCGAAGCACUGUUCCGGGCCAGUGUAUACCGGUUGGGAACCAUGUCUUGCUCGUACCUACGACGGAUUGUCUCAUCGGCUCACGCGACCGGGAAUCAAAUCUGCUGUAUUCUGAUUUAGUCGCGUCGGAGGAAUUUCUAGGGAGCCAUGUGUUACGCAUACCCAUCCAUAACGGCUCUACCAAUUCGAAAGAAGAAAACAAUGUGCGAGAUAGUCGAGGAAAGGCGAGACAGGUUACGACUUUUAAUGGCAGGACGGUGAUCAUCAAAGAUAACUCGGUAUACAGCAACAAAGGAUUCAAGUCCCUCACACAAGCUCAACUUCUAUCUGAUGCGCUGUAUUACACCCCGUCCAACGAUUCGCGCCCAUGGCUCAUUUAUUACAUCUCUCGACCGCUGAUCGGAACUUACGAUCCAGCACGGAUCAUAUCUGCCGCAGUACCCGGAACCGCAAGCAGGGUCAUUGUACCUAGCACGGCAGACAAAAAGUAUGGAAAUGGCGAUUCAAUGGGUACCCCACAGAAACAAGAGAUCAGAACGUUUGGUGAACUGCUUGCGAACUUUCCGAUGAUCGCCCGGCAGAUGCAGCCUGGCCUCGAACGAUUAUUCCGCGAAUUUGGAAAGGAACUUGGAAAGCCACUACCGCCUCCACCUUCAAGGUCGCCAUCUGCCUCUGGCAGUGAGCGUAUGCACAAGCUCACACGCACCGAGUCAUUAACGGAUGAAAGCUCUUCUAUCCGUAGUUGGUCGUCACGAAGCAGAGGGCGACUACCUUUCAAUUCGGAAGAAUACUUCGAAGACGACGAAGACCUUAUGCGUCGAAGCUUAGAGACUGCCGUCACUGCGGCCAUAGAUCUAUUCCGUCUCGUUGACAAGCAGCAACUGUCACUCCUCGGCGCGACCACCGAACUCACUGGCCCUUUAGUCGAACGUCUCAUAGAACGCUAUGUCGCCGAGCAGGUUCACGAACCUUUGCUUUUCCCCCGCCUUUGUUCAUUUCGCCAACCAGAAGACACAGAGUUGGAUUCUCGAAUACGACAAAUGGAGAGCAUUGACGUAUCCCAGGUUGGAAUCUCAGUGGAAGGUGGACGUGCAGGGAAGCGAGAAUUGAUUCGGCGAUUGGGGCGAGGUGUGGAUGAGUUUCGCAAGAUCAACGAGGCCCGAUGUCCUCACGACAUGCUGAGUACUCUUCUUGGGACUGUCAAAGUUAUCUCCUAUCCAGGAAGCUAUGAUCAGCUGGAUGGCCCAGCGUCCGAGAAGGGAACAUCCUCUGUUACGAUCAAUGCCGAUGUUCUAGUCUCGCUGUUGCUAGUUGUUGUGAUUCGAUCCCAGACUAGACAUCUCCAGGCUAGGUUGCUGUACAUGCAGCACUUCAUCUAUAUCGAUGAUGUCGAUAGUGGUGAGAUGGGAUAUGCUCUGAGCACCUUCGAGGCUGUUUUGAUGUAUCUUGUGACCGAUUCCGCCGGGCUCCGUCGCGCCAGUGCUCGAAACCGACGUCUAUGGCAAGCCACCAAAUCAGGCAGAUUAUCUGAUAUGAAAGCCAUUCUGGAACCAAACGAAGACCCCGAAUCAGAAGAUGAUAUCACUCCCCCAGAGCCAGAGCGGAAGUCUGUGUUCUUCCAGACAGAUGACAUUGAGGAGGCGGACGAACUGCCACUUGAAAACUCUUUCACCAACCACAUCAAUAGUGGACCACAACAAGAGGAAGCCAUCGUUGACGCACCGCCAUUGUCUCAUGUAUUCCCAUUCCAAACAUGGGAUGAUCCCUCAAUCCUACAAGAACCCCAUCGACCAGUCAAGAAAGUGUCCAUGGACGUUCGCAGCAUGUCAGAAUCAUCAGCCAUCUCAUUCAUCUCCAGAACCAAUACUCUUGGCUCUAUGGCGAGUGGAAUUGAGGACCCUGCCGGUGAUUCCAUACCAAUGAUGGCAGUAGAGGGUCGGCAGCCCGAAGCUUUGAGGUACCUGUUGACUUUGGAGGAAUACUUCCCAUUGGAAGAAAUUCUCCAAGAUACUAACGCCAAUGGAACGACACUCCUGAAUGCUGCGGUGCAGCUAGCCCACAACGAGAUUGUUGAGAUUCUUCUGGACUUUUUGUUCUCAAAGACAGAUGCAAAUGUCGUUGCGUUCUAUUUAACCAAAUCCGACAUUCAUGGUCGAACCGUCGCACAUUAUCUGUUCAGCACGCCUUCUUUGCUGGAUCGACUGGGUAGCAUUGUUCCAUGGCGCCUGCGAGACAAGCACGGACAAACUCCGCUCUUCGCACUUUGUCGAUCCUAUGAUCAUCCUGAGUAUAAAUCCAUGAUCCAAACUGCUUUGAGUGCGGCGCAACAGUCACAAGGCGACAACAAACCACUGCAAUUGGAUGACCAUGUCGACGCCAAGGGGAAUACCUUGCUACAUAUUGUUGGCGAUCCGGAAAUCACGAGAAGAAUUCUACAAGAUAGCGAUUGCGACCCUAAUGCGACAAACGACAAGAGGUUCACACCGCUGAUGAUGGCUAGCAAAUACGGGCGAGUCGAUCAAGUCCGCAUUCUAUUCUUAGACCCAAGGGUCGAUGUUCAUAUCAAAGAGGCACGUGGUUUGACGGCCGUUGAACUAGCCAAGGAUGACGAGGUACGAAAUCGCAUCGACGAUUUGAUUUUGUUGUCCAACCCUCCAUCUGGCGGUGGAGACCCCUCAGGCCGUGUUACAACCGUCGUGCGAUCAUUCUUCGUAGAAGACGCAACAGUUCGCUUUAUCCUCAAAUCUGGGGCUCCAUAUCCCCCAGAAUCAAUGGCAUCUUCACGACCUGGAUCAACCACAUACACGGUGACAACAUGUCGCCGCAACUUUUCGGACUUUGAGAACCUGGCGAAGUGGCUUGCAGUGGAACACCCGGCAUCUUAUAUGCCAUCUCUUUCGGACUUCCGGAAUCCAUUCCAAAUCCACUCAAAGCCCUCGCGGUCUGUGCUCCAUGAUCUCCAGGAAAAACUCGACCGCUUCCUCAAGACACUCUUGACUCAUCCAACCUUUUCGACCCAUGAAAUGCUAUGGGAGUUCUUCCUCGUUCCAGAGCUUCAACCGGAAAUGAUGGCCGAUCGUUCCCGCCGCAAGGCCGCAGUUCUCACAGAAACAAUUGCCGAUGAGUACCCGCCUGUUUCACUGGAUGGAAUGCGUGAUACCGAGCAGUUUAUUAACCACGCCCAGGAGAUGGUGCGCGGAGUACACGUCAAUACGCGUAGCCUGAUCCGUCGUGGACAUGCGCUGCACAAUGGAGCAUCAGAUCUUGCUGAUGCCGUGAUGCUAUGCUCAUCUGUCCUCGCGACUCUCCGAGAGCCCACUAACGCGCUUCCCGUAUCACACAUAGAGGCCUUUGCCCGCUAUGCCACAUACCUAUCGACCUCAAGGUCGGACUCGUCCCCUCUGCUGCAGUAUAUUGCCGCUCUUUCCUCAGUCGACAAUACAACUGCCGCAAUCCUUGAAUCCCUGUCCCGCCCUCUAUCUCUCAUGUCCUCACUCUCCUCAACAACCCGCAACAUCUCCCGCUCCCGCUCCUCCCUCCUCUCCUCAUCUCUUCCCCGAAAAUUCAAUCUCAACCUACCUGGCUUUGAAGAGUCCCGUCAAAAAUCCGUCCGCGAUUUGGAAAAGAAGAUCCAGGACGCUGAAUCUGAAGCCACUCGCCUUGCCAAAGAGGUUUCAUGGAACAAAGAUGUAGUAGUCAGCGAGCUAGCUGGAUGGACCUCAUGGCGUGAAAAGGUCGGUCGUGACGCCAUUCGCGCUUUUGUCAAGGAUACUCUUGUUCGUGAAAAAGAGCGCGGAAAAAGACUCGAACGCUGCCUACGCAGUGUGCGUGAGAUGAACCCUUGA